AUGGCCAUUUACUUUUCUCAUCCCAGCAACACCUUCGACUCCAGACCAAAUUUCUCAUCUUUGGAAGACAUUAACAUCUCUCUCUCUUUCGCAACCAAAAAAGCAUACCCAUCUUGCGCAAUUGUCAACGAAAGCUCCACCAAAUUCCAACAACACUUCCAACAACACAAUGGACCAAUCUAG